GAUUGAGCAUUUCCCAAUAGUGGUAUCGGAGCCAGGUUCACUUGAAACCGUCAUUAGCUCGUGCAGUUCAAGAUGGAGGACAACGUCACUCAUGAUGGAGACAUGUUCAAGCUCACGGCCAACAACUACUCACAUUGGAAACCGAUGAUGGAAGACCAUCUAUACUGCAAGGAUUUGCAUGAGCCCAUCAUCUACAAAGACAAGGUCGAAGGCAAGAGCGAUGCUCAAUGGGAGCUACUCAAUCGCAAGGCCGUUGCAAUGAUCCGUAAGUACAUUGAUAAGACUCUCUUCGAGCAUGUUUCUAUGUACACAAAUGCUUAUGAGUUAUGGACAAAGCUUGAGUCCAUGAUUCAAAAGAAAACACCUCGUAACAAAGCCAAUUUAGUUCGAUGUUCCUUGCCGGAAAGCUGGGAUACACUUGUGGUUACCCUUAGUAACUCAGCUCCGGAAGGAAAGCUCACCAUGAAUACCGUUAGUGAUAGCCUUCUUGGAGAAGAAGCAAGGAGAAUGGAACGAGGCGAUCCCACCUAUUCCGAGGCCAACGUUAUUGAGAACCAGAGUAGGCAUGAAACUCGGAGACGUAGCAAGAGCCGAGAUCCACAUCAAUCUCAAGGUAGAUCCAAGCCACGCUCGAAGAUUACUUGCUACUACUAUGGAAAGAUAGGCCACAAGAAAACUGAAUGCCGAUCCUUGAAGAGAGAUCAAAAGGCAAGUAACAUCAAGCCAGACCAGAUCAGCCCAACGAAGAAGCAAGAAGAGAAGAGUACUACAGCUGUAGUAUCAAGAGAAGAUCUGCUCUAUUUCGUUGGAGAAGGAAAGUGGAAGCUCACCAAAGGAAGCUUAAUUAUGGCUCGAGGAAAGAAGGAAGGAUCAUUGUACGUGAUGCAAGCCAAGCUCUUCAAAGGCGAGAUAAAUAUUACUUAUGAUGAUAUGGAGGUAUGGCAUAAAAGACUUGGGCACAUUAGUGAGAAAGGUUUUCACAUGCUCGCUCGAAAAGAUCUCCUCCCCGAUGUGAAAGGGGCCACCCCAAAGGAAGUUUGGACAGGAAAAAGGGCUUCAUAUAAACAACUCAAGGUGUUUGGAUGCAGAGCAUUCGUACACAUUCCCAAAGAUGAGCGAGCUAAGCUUGACGCAAAGACAAAGGAGUGCAUCUACCUUCGUUCACCGAAGGAUGAAUAUGGGUACCAGCUUUGGGAUCCAUUCAACAUAAAGGUUGUUCGUAGCAGGGAUGUUGUAUUCUUCGAAGACCAAACAAUUGAAGACAUUAAAAAUUCAGAGAGGUCAAGAUUGAGAAGUAGCAAGAGUUCCGAUCUAACUCCAGCUCGAAGUGAAGACAAUGACACUCAAGAAGCCAAUGAUGCUGAAGAUCGCGAGCCUGAGUUAGAACAAAGCAACCAGGAGAGUCGUGAUGAACAAGAACAUGAAGAACCUUAAUCUAGCUCUCUCACAGCACCAGAGCCGAGACGAUCCACGAG